AUGGAGAGCGAUUACAUGCGGCUCGAGACGAAGUUCGACUUCCAAAAAACGAUCUUACUACAAUGGGCGGAUCGAGUGAAGCUCCAGGACCAAGAAGAGUAUGAUGACCGACUUGAUGACCCACACAUCGGUCCCAUGGUCAUGCGCGGACUGGAGUGCAUUCGUCAGCUUCUCGAAGACGGGCAUGCAUUACAACAACGUUAUGGAGUUAGGCCGGUCAAAGAGGGUGAGACAACUGUAUCACCAUCAGUUGUCAGUAGCCGUCUUAUGUCCCAUUUUCGCCAGAAGUCGCAGGCGCUUCGUUUGCGGCGCAAGGAUCCGCCGUCUCAACCAGAUCUGUCCAAGUUGCCCUACGAUCUUGGCUCCGCGGAAGAAGAGAAAGGAGAGCCAAGGUUUGCGAAGAUCACCUGGGUAGUCAAGGACAAGGAGCAAUUCGAAGGCCUAAUCAGGGAACUUUCUGAUCUCAUCAACGAUAUCGACCGCGUCGUACCACCCCGUGGACUUGAGGAUAUAACACGCCACGCUUUGAGCAACGAGAUCCAACGACUACACAAUAUUCCCAACCUCAGAUCAAUCUUGAAUGCUUUAAUCGACGAUAGCGAAGGACUUGCCGAUGUCACAAGGCAAACGAUCGAUGCAACGUGUAAACAAUCAAUCCUCAAUCGCCUUUGGUUUCGCUUGAUAGACAAUCGAAAAGACCUCAUCUCCGAAGCACACUCCAAGACUUUCGAAUGGGCUAUUCAUCCACCCACUUCAGAGGAUAUGUGGGACAACCUUGGUGAAUGGCUACGAUCAGGAUGUGGUAGCUAUUGGAUAUACGCACUCAUUCCAGUCGUGCUUCCACACAUGUGGCAAGAGGCUCAAAACGGUGCUCCGGAACUCGGACUUCCUUCGGACAUUGAAAUGCAACAUGCAUUCCAACGCCUCGGAACCGAAUCAACGAAUGGCGCCUAUGCCAUUUUCAUCGAUGGUCUCGACGAGUUCACAGGAGACCUUAUGAAUGGUAUCUCGUUUGUACAAAGCUUUGCAAACUUUCCCGAUAUCAAGAUACUUCUCUCCAGCCGGCCCUACGAUACAUGCGAGGCAGCUUUCUCCGAAAGACCAAAACUGGGGUUACAUGAUCUUACCAAACACGACAUAGAAACGUAUAUCAACGAUACGAUACGCUCUCAUCGCUAUGUGGCAGACUACAUGUAUGCAAAUGGAGCUGUAGUUGAUCACUUGAUCAAAGAUUUGCGAGACAAAGCCGAGGAUACUGGAUGGUCUUCCAGCUCGCGAUCUCUCGCAAACUGCCAAACUCUUGCGAGUUUGCUACAACAGCAGUUUGCUUCAAAUCUCCGAUUCGGUCUCCACCUUGGCAUUAGCAUGGGCUGA